AUGAGGAAGGCGACACUGACAUGUAUUCGUCUUGCAAAGGAGUUAUUUGCCGUCACUAUGCUGGAUAUGUUUUACGGUCGCAUCCUUCUUACGGCAACAAGGAAAUGGAAGCAUUCGGACCUCCUAAAUUUAGCUAAGCCAGCGAAAGCCUGCGUAGAGUGUGUGCGGUUAAAAAAAACAAUAAAAAAGUUAUUUGGUUGGGGUCUUGGGGCUGCCGGCGGUGCAGAUGAGAAAUUCGACGGGAAAGCGGUAGCGGGAGAAAAGAGGGCCGCGAACCCCCACCACAGGCAUAGCUAUUCGAUGGAUGGGUCGUUUGAGGUGGAUUCUAUAAUGAUUGAUGGUGUCAAGAAAGCUAUGGCUCCCGAUAGACUUGCAGAGCUAUCUUUGAUUGAUCCCAAAAGAGCUAAAAGGAUUCUUGCUAAUAGGCAAUCCGCAGCACGGUCAAAGGAGAGGAAAAUCAGAUACACUGGCGAGCUAGAGAGGAAGGUGCAGACGCUUCAGACUGAAGCAACCACCCUCUCCGCACAGGUCACGAUGCUGCAGAGAGACACCACUGGGUUAACUGUUGAGAAUAAGGAACUGAAACUGAGGUUACAGGCUAUGGAGCAACAAGCACACCUUAGAGACGCUCUGAAUGAAGCAUUAAGGGAAGAGGUGCAGCGGCUUAAGAUAGCAACCGGUCAGGUUCCGGCUGUCAAUGGAAACCCUUUCAACAGAGGUCUACCUCCUCAAUUCUCCUCCCAUCAGGGCUUACAAACCUUUGGCAACCAGCAAACUCAGCAGCAGCUGCACAUGCCACAGCCAUCCACCACUGGCCAGACUCAUAAUGGGCAGCCACACCCUAGCUUCUCAAAUUUCAGUCAAAGGGUCUAAUGUCACGGGCGGAACCUCAUUUGCUGGAAUGUAAUGUUGCAAAAUAGAAAUUAGUUCGACCCUCGUAGCAUCUUGUAUAUGUAAGCAUGUAUAUUGGUUGCAGGCACAGGUUGUGGGAGUACUUUCUCGUAGCUCUUGUCACGUCAGGCUAUGUUAUCCUCAGGACAGAUUAUAUUUAUCACAUGUUGCAUAGAAAUUAGGCCUUCAUUAAACAAUUGAGUGGAUGACUACUGUAAUCUUCUAUGUGCAGAAUAAUUAAUCUCUGGGUUCGGCAGGACUAAGCACCACACAUUUUCCUUUGAAA